CCGAGCUGAUACGCCAAUAUGAUUCCCGGCGGAAUUAAAUACACGAGUUUUAAUUUUACGUCUGAUGUCACGCGCAUCAUGUCAGUGAUUAGUUUUCAGCCCACGUGCUCUUCGAACGCGUGCUCGUAUUUACUGUCAGCUCGUAUGAUGACUGACGCGCAGCGUAUUUACGCACCGGAGAGGGGAAAGACUACACUGCUGCGCUCCAAAGCUCGGCUCUCAGCUCUUUUCAAUUCAAUUAACCUAUGAUUCUGACCCAGUGAUGCGCAAAGUCUAUGUGCGGUCCACUACACAGGUUUUACACGCAGGAGUUCAGGGAUCUGUCCGUCAACCCCAGACGAACACUCGGGCGGCACGCUGACGCGAAACAAGGACAGUUUCGGCUUUACUUCUUCACCUGAAUUCCUCCAGAGAGCGAGUACUCGAUGAGAAGAUCGUGCAGGUGUUCAGCAGCCCAAAUGAAACCAUGAAUGAAACUUCUUACCUGGCUAUAAGAGGCCUAUGAAUGGGACUGUGCUGUGGCCACCACGGCUCUCUGGGAUCCAGUCAGGACUAUGUGCUGCCCGCAAGCCCCUCUGAAUGCACUGGCCAACCGUUUGCGAGAACAGGGAGGGCGGGCCGGCCCACCGGGGACGAGCCGGAAGCAGGGCAACACCCCCUCCGUUUCGGAUUGCGGUGCUGGGGGCCCAAGGGGUGGGCAAGACAGCCAUCGUGCAGCGCUUUCUUCGCAAUGACUACAGUGAGGUGGCAGUGUCCAGUAAGACACGAAGGGUGCAUCUUUCUGCCGCAGUGCUCAACGGUCACGUGCAUGACCUCCAGAUCACAGAUUAUCCAGCCAUCAGCAGCUUUCCCGUCAGCUCCCUGCAGGAAUGGUCAGACGUUUGCUGUCGAGGCAUUCGAAGCGCUCACGUCUACAUCCUGGUUUAUGACAUCUGCUGUUUCGACAGCUUUGAGUACGUCAAGACCAUGCGGCAGCAGAUCUUGGAGACCAGGGUCAUGGGCUCCGGCGCCACUCCUAUUCUGAUCGUCGGCAACAAGCGUGAUCUGCAGCGAGGUCGCGUGCUUCCCCGGCACAGCAUAUCUGAUUUGGUCCGAAAGAGCUGGAAGUGCGGAUACGUGGAGUGUUCGGCAAAGUUCAACUGGCACAUUCUUUUACUGUUCGGAGAGGCUCUCCGAAGCGUGGGAUGCGCCCGGUGCAAACACGUCCAUGCCACUAUCCGUUUCCAACGAGCGCUCAGGAGAGAGCGCUGUGUCCUGAUGUGACAUUCCAGGCUGUCGUUGCUCCAUGGUUACCUGGUCAAAAAUCUUGCUAAGGAACUUCACAUUUGGGAUGUUGCUAGUGGAUAGACAUGGUCAAAAACAGGGAUUCCCCCUUAAAGAUUCAAAGCCUGAUGCCUGAUGGAAGAACGCAACUGACAUCUCUGCCCUUUUACCCUGGAAAUCCAAAAUUGGAAAAAGCCAGCCAAAGGCAGCAAAGAUAAUAUAACAGCACAAUAACUCUUUGUCAUUCCUUAUCUUCAGGCUAGGACAGCACUGACCUAUGCUUAUGCUGAGCCAAUGUUAAAGGAUCUUCCAGCACCCGUUAACAAAAGCGUUCCUGUAUUAGGAACCCCCUAAACCAGAACUGGAACCCAGCGCUUAUUCUGCAAUACUCCACAGAACACAAAUUAGACAGAGACUGCAUGUUCUGUGGACACUUGAUACUGUGUCUUAUCCUAAAAGAUUCAUAUGCCAAGGUAUUUUGAAGCAUUGUAGUCAAUAUCUAAAUCUUUAUGUGUUGCUGAUCCCAUUUUUAUGGAUAGGUCUGGGGCCUGGGAAGUGUUUUUGUGAGAGAAGUAAAAUAUGUCUUUCUUUUCUUAACAUAUAACUGUGACUACACUUAAACACAAUGCUGGGUUAUUUUCAACAUCAUCUCACAGAAAGUCGUGUUUCAGUCACAAAAUAUUUGAUAAAAAAUUACGCUUUUUUCGUGUCUUGACCACAAAUGUUUUUUUUUUCAUGUCUGUGGCACGACUUUCUUUUUCGUGUCUUUUUAUGAAUUGUUUUCUCGGUUUUUUUCCUAUUUUAAAUCAUUGUCGGUUGGGGUUAGAUUUGGGGUUUGGAUGUACUUUUAUGUAUUGGUUUCUACAUGUUUUUCUUUCGCGUUUAAAACUAUCCUCGCCUGGAGUUGGGGUUUGGAUGUCUAAAAAUGUAACAAAGUAAAAAACUAGUGAGAAUAGUAAGAAACUAGGAAAAAACAAUGAGAAAACAAUACAUAAAAUGACACGAAAAAAGAAAGUCGUGCCACCGACACGAAAAACUAUUUAUAGACAUUCGCGAAGUGACACAAAAAAGACAUUUGUGCUCUAGGCACGUAAAAAAAUUAAUUUCGUGCCAUGGACACAAAUAAAUUAAUACAUUUUUUCGUGACUAACAUGAGUUUCUGUGAGAUCAGUCUGGGCCGGGUUUCCCAAAAGCAUCGUAAGGCUAAGUAGAUCGUAAAAACGAUCGUACGAAUCAUCUUAGAAUUACGGGCCGUUUCCCAAAAGCUUCGUAACUUAAGUUGCACUUGAAAAUCAUCGUAGAUCUACGAGUGCUCUGGAGUAAUCGUUCAUUCAUAAGUGCAUCGUAAGACAACAGAGUUACAAGGUCACCUACAGGACAACCAGCAAAUUGCACUCCUGCAAUGACGAUAAUGUAAUGUUUUAAAUGUAUAUUUAUUUAUUUGGGUUUUCUUUUUUAUUUGUUUAAAUUACUUUAAUAUAAUAUAUUUAAAGUUCAAAUGAGAAAUCAAAUUUAAAUGACUAGACAAAAGUAAAAGUUGGUACUAGCAAACUGAUAAAUGGUUCCUACCAAUUGCUGCUAUAAUUCAUCUAGGCUACAGUAAAAAAAUAUUUUGACGGGUAUGGCAUCUGAUUAAAGAAACCAAAUAAAUAUUUACUGUACAAUGCAAUAAUCCAUAAUAAUAAAUAAACAAAGAUAAUAAACAACAAAUAAUAAUAAUAAUAAUCUAAACUAUAAUAUAAAAUGCAGAAGGCAUUUUGCAGUGGGACGAGUCCUAACUAAAUAUGGACAAGAAUAUUUCAUUAUGAACAAUUUUAAAACAUUUAAAAGGUCAUUAAACAAUAAUAAAAAAUAUAAUAAAAAAUAUUAGUGCACAUCGGCUCAAGAUCAUUAGCCUAAACAGCUACAAAUUCGAGUCAUUCUAUUGGUGACAUUUUAGCGCUUGACAAACAGAUAGCGACUCGUAAGUAGCACUUAAAACUCAGCUGCGAGCGAUCGUUUCAUGUGCAUCUUUGGGAAACACACGUAAAUGAACAACGAAUGUUCGUUUAGUAGCUCGUAGAAAGCGCUCUUAAGUGCUAAGUUCAAUCGUUAUCGGGAAACCCAGCCCUGGUUAUUUUCUCUUAACCCAGCAUUAGGUAUAAUGGGAUGAACCCAACCCGACUGGUUGUAAUUUACCUAUGCUGAGUUGUUUCAACCCAAAAUGCUAGGUUGUUUUAACCCUUUGUGAAAAUCGAUUACCUAAAAUGAUUAAAGUAAACCAACUCAAAAUUUUAAGUAAAUAAUAUUUAUAAAUUACAAUUAAUCAGAACUUAAAUGUUUAUCAUUGUCUUUAAUAUUUAAAGGCGCAAAAGAGGAUGUUUUUCACCGACCGAGAAUCCAAAAACAGUUACUGAAUUUUUUAAAUGAGCGCAUGCGUAAGAACAGCCUCCCGCCUUCACAGCUCAUUUCUAGGGAACGCCUUCCUAAACUCGUGCACGAACGAGUGUUUGUUUGCCACAGGCAUAUGCUGUGUCGCGUCAGUGAAUUUAUUGUGUGAAAUGAUAUGAUGAUAAACACAUAAGACGUUAAAACGUUAGAUCAGUCGACGCUAACUUACUCCCAUUUCAACUAGCAUGUAGCAGACUGGUCACUGCCUUACAACUACAGUACAAUAACAACGUCAAUAUACCUGAAUAACAGUACAACAAUAAUUACAUCCACGAAGAAAGAAUAAUUUCUUCAAAGAUUUUUUGCGAACUGCGCGUCUGUCUUGACACCUCUCUGUUCCUUCAUUGCUCUCCAGCGUUGAAAUGUUUCUCCAAUAACGACUCUGGUUACAUUAAGUUACGUUCUUCUGACAAUUUUCUCCUAUUCCCAGCGGCUUUAAAAAAGUCUUUCUUUUGCGUCCUACUUCGGGUUUUUUCUCUUCCAUGGUGCAAAUUCGAGGAGGAAAGCAGGAUCGACAAUGAAAACAAACCGAAACUUAAGACGGAGUUUCAUGCGCUAUGCGUCGCCUGUGUAAAGUUACUGGAGCGUGAACGCUCUCACAAGGAUUGUAAUGGCAGUGAUUGACAAGCCAGAGGGCCAAUGAUGAUUGCGAUGACCGCAAGAGCAAUUGGCUGAUGUUUUUAAGGCCUUAUCUUGUGCACAGAUGACGUAUAUUAAUAUUAUUACUUUCAGUGCACCUAAUAAAUUGUCUUUUAUCAUUUACUAAAGACAGUUUCAAGUAAUAUUGCAAAAAUGUAUAAAACAAACAUCCUCUUUUCCACCUUUAAGUACACUUAACACUACUGUUUUACCUUAAGUAGUGUUUACCAUUUAUGUUUUGUUUACAAGUCACAGAAACAGACAAUGUGACUCAUCUGUAUGUAAGUGUGAAGAAACUGAGCUCAGUGCUGGCAUUGACUUUAAACAGUCAUUGUUUAUAUGAUAAAGCAACACAUAUCCGUAUACAGCCUAAGCACAGGCACUACACUUCUGAACAAAACUAAAAAAUAGCUAACUCUUCUCCAACACAAUUGAAUGUUUAACACUGAAAACCACAUAAAAUAUCACUUUUUGACCCAAACCUGGUUUAAAAAUAACAACCUAGCAUUUUUUGAGUGUAUGAAGCUUGUGUUACACAGCGCUGUAUGAACAAAUACAUGUUCAGUACAAAUGUCAACGUCUAAAGUGGCCAGCUGUCUAAUAAAUGCACAGAUACUGAAAACACAAUCUCUUCUGUGCUAUGUUUGCUGAGAGUAUUCAAAUACACACAUUAGCAUUUUCUUGUAAUGUACGCUUUUCUACUGUAGUUAUUAUGCACUACAUUUAUUCUAUAACACAAUGUGUGAAUCAUAGCUGGUACAGUAUAAACCAAGGCUUUACAGUGUAGUUGGAUGAGUUUGAACUAAAGCCAAUCAUCAUGUGAUGCAAUUAAUUUCAGUUUUAAUAAAGCAUUUUAAAUGUUUGGAAUGUACAAAACAUGGUAAAAAUUAAUGGCUUCAUUUCAUAUUAAGCUAAAUUAUUACAUUUGUACAAGCCCCCCAAGAAAAUACAGCAAAUUUCAAACAGAGGAAACUGGGUACAUAAUAAAUCCACAAUAAACUAAAAAAAUGCUAGUUUUCAUUUUUUUUUUUGCUACUUUACGCCUUAUUCAGUCCGCCGCCAUGUAGAGUCCAAACUGAGGCUUUGAGGGAUGGACGUCCAGAGCGUGUGCUUUAAACCUAUUGUUUUAAACCGGGAUGCUGGUCAUUCAGCCAUUAAAAUACAGAAAAUACAUUAUUUUACAAGUUUCCACAGGAUAAAGAACCUCAGAAAUCAUUGAUUGUUAAAAUGAAAAGGGAAAUAUGACCUAAUUUUGAGAUAAGAGCUGCACAGUGUGUAAACUAAAUCUGUUUUGUUAUUAGCCUGUUGGCUAAUUAUUAAUUUUUAAUGUUGUAAGCAUGCUUCUUUUCUUUAAAACACCAAUAUAGUCCAAUAACUAAGUACAUAUCUUUAAUUUGUACAGAUUACAAAAACGCAAGGCAUAAAUAUGUUAAAAACUUUUCUCCUUUAAGUUUUUCUUUUAAAGGGGACAUAUCAUAUUUUUCCAUGUUUAAGUGUUAUAAUGGAGUGCCCAGUGCUUCUAUCAACCUUGAAAAUGUGAAAAAAAUAGUAACUUAGUUUUGUUCAACCAUUCUCUGACAAAAUAGGUAAUUUAAUUUUAGCUCAUAUGAAGAAUAUAGGAAGAGUUUGGAUCCAAAACACGAUAAACGACAUUUUUAAAAUAAUAAGUUACCACCAAAUCAGUAUUAUAUCAGGUCAAUUUUAAAAGUAAAUUCUUCAUUUUAUGCAAAAUACAAUUUUCGCUGUGUUAUUCUAUAGGGCUGGGCAAAAAAAUAGAUUUUUCGAUUAAUCGUUUUUUAAAACGUGGUCGAUUCAGAAUCGAUUCUCAAAGAGCAGAAUCGAUUUUUUUCUUUCAUAUUUAUUUCUGCAAACAUUGAACGAAAGAUUAACAUUAAUCAAAUUAUUAGUCUUCUUCACUAGAUGUCACCCUCUUUUUUGCCUAGCGCAUGUUACCAAGGACCAAGAGGCAAGCCUGUUAUUCAUUCAUUCAGUGCUUAAAAUGGCGGUUUCAGGUGCUUCGUCGAUUUUAUUAAUUACCCACUUGUAACCUGCUGUUGUUCACUGUUCUUUUUAUUAAUAUAGUAUUUGUAUUAAAUCUAUAUUCAUUGAGUUGAAUAGAGUAUAAAAACCGGUCCGAGAACCAGAAUCGAAAAUUGAAUCGAGAAUCGAAAUCGAAUCGAUUUGGUAGCUUGUGAAUCGAAAUCGAAUCGAUCUGGAAAAUCUGAAUCGAUACCCAGCCCUAUUAUUCCAUCAUCUUUUCUCCCUUUUUUCCCAAAAUAAGAUAAACGGCAGUCUUCCUUCUCUGCAGAAUGCAAUAAAUCUGCUCAACAAAUCACAGCGCAUCAUUCCACGCAUUGUAAACAACAAUGGGGGCGCGUUGAAUACACACAGAAUCCUACUUUUUCUCAUCUACUUUGUACUUCGUGAUCAACAAACAAACAAAAACAAAAUAAUACUUUUGUUGGCAUUGAUAAACCUGUGGUGGUUUUCUGUGGCGGGGAAGAAUUGUAAGCCAUCAAAAUCAAAUAAUUUACGUGAGAGGCACUCGGGCGAAGGGAAAAUGUCGGCUGUUGCUAACACAUUGACCCCAGGGGAUCUUAUGAAAACUUUCCAUUAUUUUACUAAAAGUCAACAAAAAUCGAGCAGGACCAAAACAUUUUACAGCUGAUCGCUGUCAAAAAAGUUCAGGGACGGCGUCCCAAGGAUGACAGCAGCAAUGAGAGUGUUCUUAAUAUGACAAAAUAAGUGUUUUGAUUAAUGCCAUUAAUGUUUAUUUAUUUUAAUCAGUGUAUACCACUAGUCAACUAAAAAUGAAUAUAACAUGGCAAAGAUGAAUGCACAUUUAUAUAUUGAUUCAAUAGAUUUAAAGCAUUUUGAAAAAAAAUAACUAUUGCAUUUUGUGGGAAAAAAUUAUUAGUUUUUAUAAUAAAUCUUUGAAAAUCAAAUUAUGGAUUUAAAUUUUAAUGUUAUUAUAACUUAAAGAUGCUAUGUGAAAGUUUGUAACAGAAAAUAGUGCUUUUCAUCUUGUCACUUUCUUGGUAUAGAAAACUCGUUUUACCGAAAUUAGUCAAAAUGGAUUAAUUGUGUUUGGAACCAAACUCUUCAUAUUCAAAUCGCUCCUCUCUACCGACACAAGUCUAGAGAUAUUCACAAGGGUAAUGGUGGGAUGAAAGGCCUGGGGAGCAAGAAGACGUUGCAAGGGGGUCCAGCUGCUGUAGCGACAGACUGCCGUUCUGCCAAAGCUAUUAAUAGCACCAGACUUAUGCCAGAAGUUAUUUAUAAAGCCAGCAGCCAAACACACCAAACUACAAGGUGACUUCAGGAAAGAAAUGCCAGAGAGAUGCUCAGUGAAGAUGAUGUGUGUUCAGUGAACGAACGGCAAAGUUAUUGUCAGCUAUAAUGUAGGUACAAAUUUUCAGCUAAAAACAAUAAAACGUAUUCUUUUGUAAACCCAAAGCUUUUAUGUACAAAUCCGUGUGUGUAUAUGAAUAUUAAUGUGUGAAA